AUGAUCCGUACAGUUGUCACGACGGAUAUGGAGCAAGACGAUCUAGCCUCGCUGAUUCGAUACCUCUUAUAUACGAAUGAACUCGAUACACAAGGCCUCAUCUACACCUCGAGCCGCUUCCACUGGGCGGGUGACGGCAAUGGUACAAAGUUCUUCAUGCCCGAUCGCGAAUACGACACAGCUCAAUGGACAUGGCGUUGGACUGGCACUCGAUUCAUCCAAGAUAAAGUUCUCAAGGCGUACGCCGAGGUUUACCCGAACCUGCACUGUCAUGAUCCGUUCUACCCAACACCCGAGGAGCUCUUGUCGAUCGUCAAAGUUGGAAAUAUCGACUUCGAGGGCGAAAUGUCCCACGAUACAGAAGGAAGCAAUCUCAUCCGAUCACUGUUACUGGAUGAAGACCCGCGGCCGCUCUAUCUACAAGCGUGGGGUGGCAUCAAUACCAUCGCUCGCGCUUUGAAGUCAAUUGAGGAAACUCACUCCAGCUUGGAGAAUUGGAGUGAAGUUCAAAAACACCUUUCGAAGAAAGCUGUGAUAUUGGCUAGCGGCUUUCAGGAUAAGGCGUACGAUGAUUAUGUCGCUGUAAAGUGGCCACAGGUACGAGUGGAAAACCUGGAGGCUGGAUACAAGACUUGGGGCUACAACUGCGAGAAGGGCCAAGGGAACACCCGCGGUCUGCCUGGUCAAAAUGAAUACUUCAUUGGAGCCUGGAUGAAGGAAAAUGUUCAAACAGGACCUUACGGCAAGCUCUACCGAUCCUGGCUUGAUGGCCAGUCCAUGCCAGGCGACCAGAAUGAUAUCUUCGGUGAUCCCGCAAAAGCAAACUCAUCAAAGGCCUUCUGCAAGCCACUAGAGCAAUACAGCUUCUUGUCAGAGGGUGACAACGUGGCAUUCAACCCACUUGUGACGACCGGAAUCCAAGAUCCAACAAACCCAAGCCUCGGUGGAUGGGGUGGGAGAUCGAUCAGGAACAGUACCUCGCAAGAUCUGUGGACAUUGGCCGAUAGCGAGAUGAGCAAGAAUGGCUCCGAUGUUGACAACUAUACAACGGAUCGUUGGAUGUCGGCCGCUCAAAAUGAUUUCGCUGCUCGCAUGAAGUGGACGCUAACUGCGGAUUAUGCCGAGGGAAACCAUGCACCCUCAGUCAAGAUUCUCAAUGAGACCGUCCAGGCCAACGCCGGAUCAACGGUGGCGCUAGCAGCCGCAGUGAGCGAUCCCGACUCUGACAAUGUCACGACAUCUUGGUGGCAAUUCUUUGAAGAAGGGACAUACCCUGGUAGCGUGACUGUGACCGGGGAAGGUAACCACCGAGCAACGGUGAAGAUCCCCGAGGAUGCAAAGCCCGGUCAGACUCUCUCAAUCAUUUUGGAGGGUACCGACGAUGGUCAUGCACCAUUGACUCGUUAUGGCCGCAUUUACAUCCAAGUUGUUUAA